AUGGGGAACAGUGUGUUGGAGGUCAACAUCAGCCGGGACUACGUCCAGAACAGCUCGGCUAAGAUCAGGCAGGACUUCGCCUUCACUGCGCCCGUUCUGGCGCUGCUUAUCGCCGUCAUGGUGGUGCUGAUCGGGGUCAUCGUGCUGGGCAACGCGCUGGUCAUCUUCGCCUUCAAGAUGGACAGGAGUCUGAGGAGGCAGAGCAACUACUUCUUACUCAACCUGGCCAUCUCUGAUUUUCUUGUCGGGGCUUUCUGUAUUCCAGUCUAUUUGCCCUACAUACUGACAGGCAAAUGGAUGCUGGGUCGAGGGCUCUGUAAACUGUGGCUGGUUAUGGACUACCUCCUCUGCACUGCCUCUGUCUUCAACAUCGUUCUGAUCAGCUACGAUCGCUUUCUUUCCGUCACCAGAGCGGUGUCGUACCGGGCCAGGCAGGGGAUGACGCGCUGUGCCCUGGGGAAGAUGGCAGCCGUGUGGGUUUUGGCCUUCCUCCUCUACGGCCCCGCCAUACUGCUGUGGGAGAAAGUCACUGGGGAGAGCCAUGUGCCGGAAGACGAGUGUUUUGCUGAGUUCUUCUACACCUGGUACUUCUUGCUCUGCGCCUCCACACUGGAGUUUUUCUUCCCUCUCCUGUCCGUGACCUUCUUCAACCUCAGCAUCUACCGCAGCAUCCGGGAGAGGAGGCUACGGCACCGGCAAGAGAUGGGUUCUCCGCAGGCUACUGUGACGUCUACGAAGCGAGAGAGACUCCGCUUGGCCACCUAUAUCUGCCGAAGCUCUUUCAUUCUCAAAAAGAAGAAGCCCAGUGAGGAUGGAGACAAAAGCUCUGAGCUCUGCUCCUCUUCCACUGCGGUGGGACGCAACGACAGUCUGUCCGUGCGAAGCAGUCAGUGUACCCGCCUAAUACAGGAUAAGAAAAUCGCCAAGUCCCUGGCUAUAAUCGUUUGUGUGUUCGCCGUGUGCUGGGCGCCGUACACACUCUUGAUGAUCAUACGAGCUGCCUGCAGGGGGCAGUGUGUUUCGCACCACUGGUAUGAGGUGACCUUCUGGUUGCUUUGGUUGAACUCGGCCAUCAACCCCUUCCUCUACCCUCUCUGCCACAGCAGCUUCCGCAGGGCCUUCGCUAAGAUCCUUUGUCCCAAGCAGAGGUCCACUCAGGCUCCAUUAGAUCAUCAUUCGACCACUCCGAGAUAGUCCAUGACAGGACACACGUUUCAGGCCGAGGACACAAUAACUGCCUUUUCUUAUGAACUAAAGGAUCUACAGCCGGCCUAUACGUUUUGUUACACUUGAUGGUGACAAGAUUUAAAGCAAGUGUGGUAAAAAAUGAAAUGUUGCCAAAUGCCUAAUGUAGCUGAUCAGCCACAACAAAGACAUUUGUUGUCUGAAGUUUGCUUCUUUAGUUUUGCACUGGAGUAGGAAGUAACGGAAGCCUGUAGCCACAAGGUUAGCAGUGUGUAAACCAGAGGUGCACUGAUCAUGAUUUUUUGAGGCUGAUUCCAAAUACUUUACAGCCAUUUUUUUUUUCUUCAGUGUUCACACUCUAUAAAAAUUGAUUCAGUGUUUUAACUUAGUAGCUACAACCAUCCCUGGCCAGGAGUCCAAGAUAGCACAGUUGGCCUCGCUCUCUCCGGGUGGGUAGGAUGGCUUCCCCGUCUCCCCAUCACUAAGCGUGAUGCUAGUCAGCACAGGCGUCUGUUAGCUGAUGUAACAGAACUGGCGGCUGGGGCUUUCGUCUGAGUGUGUUUGGCUGUCCAAGGCCAGUGCGUGAGCGAAAAGAUGCAGUGGCGCUUCACAGGUCUUGGAGGAAGCCUGUGCCAGCCUUCGCCCUCCUAGUGCUGGUGAUAUAAAGAAUCCUAACAAGUGGGUGGAAUUGGAUACGACUAAAUUGGGGAGAAAAUUGUGGAAAAUAAAUGAAUAAAUAAAUGAUUUAAUAAAUAAAAAAUAAGUAAGUAAAUAAGUAACCUGGUUACAGUUUUAGUUGUUUUACAUUUUACAACAUGACCUUUACAUUCCGUUAACUUAUUAUUCGAUGUAUAAUACACUCAAAAUUUCAAGGCAACCAGGGAACUUACUUUUUAAGUUAAAAUAUUCAGUGUACAGCACAAAACAGUGCACUAUGUGGACUAAAUGAAACACGCUAGCACAUUUCCAGCACUUUCAAUUAGCCAAUGUUGCAAUAUAAAUAACGUUAGUUGCUCUUUGGCAAACUGGCAUUUUAAUUUCUUAAAUGAAAAAUCAUUAUUUAUAUAACAUGAAACAUAGCGCAACAUCAAAAGCAGUAGGAAACUAUGAAUCACACAUAAUUAUGCUACGUCAUUUUGGUACAGGUGUAGCAGCAGCAUUCAAACACAGUGUAGGUACCUAACAGAAAUACAGAUCAAACAAAAUUAAAACUGCAGUUCAGGUGAUCGCCAGUUGCUUCUUUGAAGCAAAAACCAGCCAAUUCCAAUUUUGGCUAUUUCCAAUUAUGCAUCCCCAGAAUAAACUGCAUGCCCAAAUCGUCACACCACAUCAAACUGUUAAAUGGUCUAUAUCUUACAUUUAAUAUUUUUCCCUGAGGUCCACUUAUAACACUUGUGUUUUUGUGAAACAAAAACUGUCAUCAUUCAUCAUUCAUGACCAUUAUUGUGCCUGUAAGACUGAUCUGUGUAAAUAGGAUCUCGUCUUAUGGUGCCUCAUUCAGAAAGCAGUCCAGGCUGAAAUGUUUCUUGUACCUUCAGCAUGAAUGGGUGGGGCUAACUGCUUUAGGCUGAACAGGUGGAAUUAUUUAAAUGCAACAAUUUCUGUGGCAUCACAAAAAACAAUGAGUUCUAGAAACUAUUGAAAAAAUAACCAGAAUUAAAACCUGGUGGUUGUGCUUUCUAACUGGCUUAAUGGUUACCAUAAGAGACCACUAGUUUCCUGUAGGACUCCUUUAGAUCCCAUUAGGAAACCAUCAAAUGCAUCUGGAAUCAGUCCCCGGACACCUGUUAAACCAGUGGUUCCCAACCCUGGUCCUGGAGGCCGCCCUGCCCUGCAGUUUAGUGUUUGCUCUGCUUUCAACACACCUGAUCCAACUAAUCCAGGGGUCGGCAACCUGCGGCUCUUUUACUGCCCUGUUGCGGCUUCACAGCAAUAUUAGACUUUUAGGUCAAAAUAAAAUAAUCCUCCUUUGCAGUGAAAUAAAGCUCUGCUGAUCGUUCAACACAGUUUUAACACUAAACGGUCUUAAACACUAUGUAUAACUGCUAAUUCACCCUUUAACCCUGAAGAUUGGGGCACAGACUGCUGGUCACCAUAGCAAUGCAGACAAGAAUCUCGCCUAGCUAGUAGCUAACGAAAAGGCAAAGAGAAAGAUUUAAGACAAACAUCGAUAAUUUGAAGAUGAAUGGUCUUACUUGCACGUAUAAGCACUCCAGCUCCAUACUGAGACAUAGUAAAAUGGACAUGAAAUGUUGUGGCCUCCAAGGUGGUUUGAUUUUUGCUGAAAGGACAAAAUAGCUUUUCUUAACAUUUGGGUGGCCGACCCCUGAACUAAUCUGAACAAGACCUUCCUGAGUUAAGGUGGGUGUGUUUUGGCAGGGCUGAGGGUCCUCCAGGGAACCACUGUGUUAAAAUCAAGGGAAUCCCAUCACAAAAACACAAAAUACCAAUAGUCACUUUUGGACUGGUGGCUAUCUGACACUAUAUAACAUUGUUAUCUAUACAAAUGGACAAAUAUAUAUAGUAAAGUUAAAACCAGUACUUUAUGACAAAUUGUUUAUACUUAUAUUUAUAGAUAACAAUGUGUGACAGUGACAGAAACCACAUAAUCAAGUUUAUUUGAGACGACUUAACAUCACAAUGCAACUUGAGGCAAGCAUGUGACUACUAAGGCUAAUGAAAUCUUUAUGGACAAAGGUACUUUAGCGUAGCUAAAAAUGUAGCAACCACCUUGAAGCCUGAAUUUUGUCUGUACUUUUGUCUGUUUGAGAUUUCCUAACAACUCUAUGAAGUUUGAAGCAAGUGUGUGAUGAUUUAGGCCUGCAAUUUGCAGUUAAUAGACAGGCUAAGCUUCCAUUACUUGUUAGCUUCAUUAGCCUCUUAGCUCCAGUACAAAACUAAAGAAGCAAACUUCAGACACUGAAUAUGUUUGGGCUGAUCAGCUCUUUUUGGGUUGAGAGGAAAAUUGUAUACUUGAUUGUUCACCAAACUAAUGAUCGGUGUUGUUUUGCAACAGCUAAAAUAAAAGCUUUGGGUAAGAGUUGUCAGCCAUUUGACUUACAUACAUGUACAGACUAUAAAACAGGAUUACCAAAUACCUAUUAGCAUUAUCUUGCUUUUAUAGUUAGCAUAGAGUUACAGAUCUGUAGCAUCCACUGUAUUGUUCGUUCCUUAUGUUACAUCUCUUUGUCAGAGUUCAGCUCUCCAUUGUUGACUAGCUGUAAUAGAAGGAGUACUAUGGCACACUUCUGUCUGCAAACGCACUUUAUUUAUGUAUUUUUGAGGCCCUAGUUUAUGUAUUAAGGAUAAAUCAUCAAUGCUGAUGAUGCAUCUUUUAAAUCCAAAAACUAAUCAAUUCAGCGUUUUUUGAAGUGAGAUGUUUGUCAAAUAUUAUUAGAAUAAGGACUUAUUAGAUUAUUUUUGUCGGGUCAAAAAUCAACUAUAUUCAAAUGAAUUAGACUUAUUUGUGUGUAAUGUUAACUAACUUUCACUUGGUGUAAAAUAAUGUUCAGAUUACACACAUUAAUGUUUAUUCAGGUCUGUGAAAACCAUGCUUGGAGGACAUUGACCGAGUCCAGUGUUUUAAGUGUAGUCUGUGAUUGUAUCCCCACCUUGUGGUGGAGUGAUGUUCACAUGCUGUACUGAAUUUGUGUGCUGUAGGUUGGCUGUGCUUUACUCCGUAGGUCCUCUGAAAAAGCUGGCGUUGGUUUCUUAAUCACCCGCUGCAUAUAACUGCUGCACCUUUUAAGGUGGAACGGAAAAGUCUAAUUAGAAGCUGGCGAAUAAGAAGCCAGUUUCAGCCUUGUUUAUUAUGCUGUGUACAUUUUGUUAUGCAGUAUUAUUAUGUGGUUAAUGUAUUAAUGUGCUUGCUUAUAAAAUCCUGUGUAAUACGUCUGGUUGAGGAGUUACAACAUGUCGUAUGUGCUUCAUGUGAGUGCAUUUGAGUGGCUUUACAUGCGUACAGAUGCAUUCAGUCAUGUGCAUAAACAAACAGGGCGAAUAUUAAAGUUGGUGUCUCACGAUUCCAACAGUCCAAAGUGGAUUUGUUAUUCAGUAUUUCAGUCCACUUGACUUUAUUUCACCAUUACCCCAGUCUGACCCUUGCUCCUCUGGUCUGUUGCUGUGGAUUUGGCAUUUAGGAACUUGAAAUCACUUCGAGCAUUUGUUUGGAUGAUUUUUUGCCAUUUCAUCUAAAUUAUCCGCAUUGAUUCAAGGGGCCCAAGGACAGAUUUAUUCCAGGGCCGCUGGUUAUCAAGUAUCUGCGAGUGGCAAAUCAGCCAUAACAGCUUGAGAAUAUUGAUGCAGAUGUGGUCGUGCUUGUGCGCAUAUGAUUAAAAGCAAGCCAUCGAGUUUGCUAGCGGGUAAGGGUGCUCCUAUUGGCACGCUGAUUUAGGAGAUGUCGAGAGGUGUCCUAAGCACUUCCAAAUUACCACGAGAGGAGAGUGGAGACACAUGCGUUUCAGAAGAGGAUGACUACAUAUAUUAGAAUCUGGAUUAGUUUUAUUGGCCAAGUAAGAUAUUACUUAUAAGGAAUGUAUCUUGGCAGUUGCACACAUUAAGGCAAGCAAAUGAACAGAAUAUAGGAGGGAAGCUAUAUACUCUCACUGGCCACUUUAUUAGGUAAUGUAUGUGCAUUAGAUGGACUACAGUCAGUAAUUGCACCUACAAGGAGCAGCUUGAGUGAACAUUAAACAGUAGUACACAUUUGUGUUGAUGUGCAUUUGAGCAAUGCAAAUUUGUUUCAUGUUUUGAAAAUAAACAGAUUUAGCCUUGUUA